AUGAAUCAAUUACUAUAUAGAUCAAGGCAUGAUCAUCAUCAUCAUCAUGACCAUUAUGUUGAUCAAACGGCUAAUAUUUGUGACAUUAUUGAUGAUAAUAACAAUGUUAUGAAUAUUGGCUCACCCUUGGGGAAAUUCAAAGGUGUUGUGCCACAACAAAAUGGAAAUUGGGGUGCACAAAUCUAUGCCAACCACCAGAGAAUUUGGCUUGGAACGUUUAAGUCAGAGAAGGCGGCCGCCAUGGCUUAUGAUAGCGCUACCAUCAAACUCCAAAAUGGGGACAUAAAUAGAAACUUUCCAUGGACUAAUAUUACUCUCCAUGAGCCCGAUUUUCAAAGUCAUUACACUGUGGAAGCAGUUCUCAACAUGAUGGUUCUUAUAUCAAUUGAAAUUCGUUUUAUUAAAAAUGAGUAUGGAAAAAAAGAAGUUGUGGAGAUUAAUAGUGUUAGUACUACUAAUUACCAUGAUCAAUCUUCAUCAUCAUCGUCGUCAAUUCAACCAACAAAUUAGGAUUUGUGGGGGUGAACAAUUUUCGUGUAGACAACUAUUUCAAAAGGAGUUAACACCAAGCGAUGUUGGUAAGCUCAAUAGACUCGUCAUCCCUAAAAAAUACGUUGUGGAGUAUUUUCCUUACAUUAGUGAAUUAGAUAGUAAUCAUAACACAAAUAAAAAUCCUAAUUCAAAUAUUAUUGUGGAGAGUACUAAUACUGAAAGUG